UUUUUUUUGUGAAUGAGUAUCGAAAGUUGAACAAGCAUAGAACAGCACGUUCCUUUAUCUUAAUUUUCCUUAGUUUUUUUAUUAUAACAAAUUCAUAAAACUAAUUUAAGACAAAUAAAGUACAUAUAUAUACAGUAAAGUGAUAAACUCUGUAUUGCAGUUGGAAAAAAAUUGAAAAUACGGAAACAUGUUGAGUGAAAUUGUUAAUAACAGCAAAUUACAAAAGGUAAUUAUCAGCACGGGCAACAUACUAAAUGUGGACAAUGCGACACCGUUGCGAAAAUCCAACGAAGAGCUAUUGGAAUCUUUGAAACUUUGCACAGAUUGUCAGAAGGCGGCUGAAACAGAAUGCUCAAACGAGCAGGCAGCGGCGCCAGGUGGUUGUGGUGGCGAGACUCAAGUGGAAUGCCAUGAAACCGAAGCUCAAGUACUAAGAGCCAAUCGAGAGUUACAAGAGAGAAUUAAAGAAUAUGCUCGCAAUGAAAUAAGUAUUGGUGUGAAAUUGUUUCUAAAUAAAUCCUCUAAGCAAGGGGUAGAGGAAGCGGUCAGUGCUUUAAUGCAUAUUUUGAAAGUGGAGCAUGUCGAUAACUUGGUUCUGGCCUAUCAUCCACUGGAGACAGCCUCCAAGGCUUUGCCUGAGACUCCGGAUGUAACCAGUACCGUCUCGUAUACGGGCGACUUAAAGUGGAGCAAACGCAAUGAGAAGAGUUUGGAUGUACUUAAAGAUUUGUGGCAAGUUUUACAAGAUUUCAAUGAAAAGAAAAAAAUUUGCCAAUUGGGCAUUGCCGACUUGGACUGUGAUGCAUUGACAGAAUUGCAUAGAAACGCUAGAGUGCCUCCUACUAUUAAUCAAAUAAACUUAGCCAAUUGUUGUGUGGUGCCACCAGAGCUUAAAGAAUUUUGUACUCAACAUGACAUACAACUGCUGACUCAUGGUGAUCCGGAGAUUCUAAUAAACGAUGAGAAUUUCAUCAUACCCAACUACACGGUAGAUUGGUCAUUGCGCUAUCAAAUUCAUGUACGCUGUCGUGGUGUUCUCACUGCCAAGGGUUACAUACUUCAGGCCUCGAAAUUGCCACCAAACCCCACAGCAAGAGAGUGAAUGUUUCCUGCCAUAAGACAGGACACAUCAACAAGAUCUUUUGGAAUUUCUUCUUUUUUUAUUGGAAUACAAAAAAAAAACAUACAAAUAGUUCAAAACUUUUAAAUCAAAUCAAAAUAAACAAAAAAACUGUCUAUGUUGCAUUUUAAUGGAAUAACAAAACGUAAACAAUUUGCGAACUUUUUUAAGAGAUUGUCAUCUAAGUAAGAGAACAAUUUUCUCAUUUUCAGCAUAUUUUCCAAAGGCUUUUCAUCCUGAGAACGGGUCUAUAAAAGAGUGAAAAUUUGUUGGCCCUCAAGAACAUCUCUUUAAUAAGAUUUUUUAUAGCUAUAUUAUUUAACCCAACUCUUAGUAAUUGUUAUAUUUUUUGAUAAACUAUUUUUUCUUGUAACAAAAAAUAUUGUCAUACAUUUCUUUCCAACUUUAAGUUUUUUUUUUUAUAUAUUUUAAUUUAAACGAAAUAAAAACACAAUUUUGCUUAUUUGUAUUUUGUUAAGUAUAUAUUUAAAUUUAAUAAAAAAACAAACUUAAAAAUAAAUUUAAUGCAAAUAAUAAAAAGAAAAAUUACAGUUAUUUGAAAACACACCAAA